AUGAAAACUUUACUUCGAAAAGAGGAUAAAUGGUAUUUUGACAAUAAAUAUUACACCUACGGAUGGGCUCCAGAGAGUAAAGUUCUUUCUGGUCAAUUUGCUGGUUACAGUUCUGAUACGUUCAAUAUCAAUCAAAUCAAUGAAAUUACUCAACAAACUGGUCAAGUACCAGCUAUUCUUGACUAUGAUUAUGCAUGUGGUUGGAAUUAUAAAACACCAACACAAUAUAUCAUCGAUUAUUCAUGUAGUACAUCAUUGAGAAAUCAUUGGAAUCAAGGUGGUCUCGUUACUAUAAAUAUGCACUUAGCAAAUCCAGUAUCAGCCAAUGGUGGUGGUGGUUAUAAAGAUCGAAUGAAUUUACGCUUUAUUGAUUUAAUUAAUGCAAAUACUGAAACAGGACGGCGAUGGCAAAUUUUUCUCGAUCGCAUAGCAGAAGGUUUGCAUGAGUUACAACGAGCCGAUGUUACAGUUUAUGUCGUCCAUUGCAUGAAAUGA